AUGAACUCAACCAUGAUAAUCAUGGAAGCUCUGGAAUAUUGCUUCGAAAAUGUGAACAAGUCUUGCAUUAAAGCUUCCAGAUCCCUUGGCCUUAGAGUAGUUUUAUAUUUUGUUUUUGUUUCAACUGUACUGAUCACAAUCUGUGGAAACCUCAUUGUAAUUAUUUCGAUCUCUCACUUUAAACAGCUGCAUUCACCAAAUAAUUUUCUUGUUCUUUCCUUAGCAACUGCUGACCUUCUGCUUGGAUUAAUUGUACUUCCCUUUAGUAUGGUACGAAUGGUGGAAACCUGUUGGUAUUUGGGUCCCUUCUUUUGUAGAUUACACACUUGUAUAGAUAUGCUUCUUUGUACAGCUUCAAUAUUUCAUUUAUGUUUUAUUUCAAUUGAUCGUUACUAUGCAGUCUGUGAUCCACUUCAUUAUGCCAACAAAAUCAACACUAAUGUAAUUUGUCUGUUCAUUGCAUUAGCAUGGAUCAUUCCAGCUAUCUAUAGUUUAAGUUUAAUUUACACCAAAUCUAAUGACCAAGGUCUCGAAGAUUUGGUGAACAUUUUGUCAUGUGAUGGUGGUUGCCUACUCCUGUUUAAUAAAUUAUGGGCUUUGCUUGAUGCAGUGACAUUUUUUGGACCUUGUUUUGUAAUGAUAGCAAUAUAUGCAUACAUUUUCAAAGUUGCUAAAAAACAAGCCUGUAAAAUACAGCUUAUGGAGGAGAAAAUAAACUCUUUGGAAGAAUGUAAAAGCAAAGAAUCUAAGAAAAACAGAGAACAAAAAGCUGCUAAAACUCUUGGAAUAGUUAUGGGAGUUUUUUUAUUAUGUUGGGUACCUUACUUUACUGACACCGCUGUGGAUGCCUAUGUCAAUUUUUCAACUCCAUCAGUUGUAUUUGAUGGUUUAAUCUGGUUAGGUUAUAUUAAUUCUGCAUUUAAUCCAUUAAUAUAUGCUUUCUUCUAUCCUUGGUUUCGAAAGGCACUAAAACUUAUACUUACAUGCAAAAUAUUUUCUUCCAAUUCAUCUAAUAUUCAGUUGUAUAGUGACUGA